AUGAAAAUUCCAAAGAUAGCUUGCGUUGUUAUUUCAUUAAUAAUAAUAUUUAAUUCUAUAUUAGCUUUAUGGAUAUGCUAUUCAUAAGCUUACAAUACAAAUAUUAAAACCAUAGCUUCACAACUUUAGCAGUUAAAGCAUAAUCUACAGAAGAAUUACAUUCAUAAUUUAAGAGUGAUUGAUCAUCAAAGCAUCUGCAAUUAAAAUGAACAAGUAGUAGAAGGAUUAAUUUCAGAUAAUAAAAAGGAAUAUAAAUUAUAAUAUCUAGUUGUUGAAGAUUAAAAUAAUUAAAAUUAAGUUAUCCAAAUAUGUUAAGAAAUCCACUUUAAUAAUAGCUUUGCAUCAUCUUUAAAGAAUCCGAGUAAUAAAGAUUAAGAAAAGUAACAUCAAUGUGAAUAUAAAGGAAUAAAAUUAUCACCAAACAAUUAAAAUUUAUGCCCUAUUUCGAAUAUUUUAUUUUCUUUAGAAGAAUCUAUUGAAGGUUAUGAAAAAAUUCCAAUAGAUGGUAAUACAAAAACAAAACUUUUUGUUCAAAGAAACAGAAUAGACUCUUCACCUCUAGUAGGAAUAACUUUGGUAAAGUAAGGGGAUUUGCCAUUUUUACACUCAUCUGGUAAUUUAUCUUAUAAUAUGGAAAGUAUUUGCAAAGAAAAGUAUAUGAGCUACGAAGGUUUAUGCCAAUUUGAAUCUAAUCCAAACCUUUUUAAACUUUAAAUAAUUUAAGAAAAUUAGUACCCGAUGGACUAGGAAUGCUCUUAAUUAGAAGUUCUAAACUUUAAUUAAGUUAAUCUAUAUUUCACUAGUUAUAAUUUAAAAAUGAUUGAUUUUACUUUAGCAAUGUUAAUAUUUGGGUUUAAUGUUAUACUUGUAAUAACACCAUUGGUAAUUGUGUUUAAUAAAGUAAUAUAUCUAGAUUCUCUCACUUAAUAUGUAAAGUGGUCUUUAGUGAAUUUACUAUACUACUAUUUAAUAAGGCAUGAUUAUGGUCAUAUAAACUCUGUAAUAGAAAAUAAUUGCUUUUAUACAGAGGAUUUAUUUGACAAAUUUUACAACUAAUCAAAAGAACUUUAUAAUUAUCUGGAUUUUUACUUUUUAUUGUAAGCUUUCCUUAUACUAUUGACUAUUGUAUUAGGUUUGUGCUCUAGCAAAUAAAAGGAGGAACAAAAAGAAAGUGGAAAUAAGUUUACCAGGAUUGGCGAAGAAGAAAUGACUUUUACUAAUUGA